GUGUCUGUCAAAGGAGGGAAUGACUCGUCUGAACGAGAUGGGUUCACGGAGGACAACAGCCCAAUUCGGGAAUGGAAGAUCCGGCAACGGGAACGAUGUUGGCGGGAACGGCCGGUCCAGCAGCUGCAGCUACCUGUCCAACGUCAGGCCAGAAACCAGGAGCACGCUCUGCAGCGUGAUGGCACAGCUAGCAGAGGAAACACAGCCCUUCUUCGAGGAGACGCUGAAGUCCAAAGCCGUCUCAGAAGACAGCACAGUGAAGUUUACCUGUGUGGUCACAGGUCACCCCACUCCUCAGAUUACGUGGUAUAAGGAUGAUAAACAGCUGGACAGAUAUUGUGGGCUUCCUAAAUAUGAAAUAUUUCGCAAUGGACAGAGUCAUUCCCUGCACAUAUACAAUUGCACCGUGGAGGAUGCAGCUAUCUACCAGGCUUCUGCCAUCAACAGUAAAGGUAUCGUCUCCUGUUCAGGAGUGCUGGAAGUGGGUGAAAUGAACGAGUUCAAAAUCCACCAGCGCUACUUUGCCAAGCUGAAACAAAAGGUGGAGAACAGAUGCAGGGAGGCCCGGGAUAAGGAGGACCAGGAGUACCUCCGAACCAUCAGCCCAGACCGAACGCAGAGGAAGCGCCGCUCAACAGCAGAGACCUCCCUCAGCGCGUCCAGCCUCAAGGAGGAUGAAGACAACCAGGAGGGACUUCAGGCUGAGACUCCAGAUGCUGAGUUUAGGUUACAGGAGGCCAACGCUGAGGAACCCGGUAAAAAACCAGCUCCGGUCUCUGAUGGAGCUGUGUGUGCUACGGCAGGUGGACAGGCAAGCGAUGACAGCAAGAGCAGGACACUCACAAGCAAUCCUGUUCAAAAGAUUUUCACCGCUCACGAACCGAAAAGUCCUUUUGUCAAGAAGAAGAUUAAGAUUUCCAACAGCGCUAAAGUUUCAAAAACAGAUAUGUCGGAGAGAACGUCCAAAGAGAGGAUGACAAAAAACGACACAGAGACUGUCCACAACAAUGGCAUCUCAGACAAAGUGAUGGAAGUAGAAAACAACGUUCAUUCACCAGAGUCACAUUUAGACUCAAAGCUCGUAAAAGAAAAACAUCAGAAACCUGCAACAGAGAAAUCUGCACUCAUUAAAAGGUUUUCACAAAAUGAAACCCCACGCAGUCAGCCUCCUGUAUUUUCACAAAGACUCACUAAAACAGCGUCUCCUGUUGCUACGUCCUCAAGUCGUGCUCCGUCUGAGAAAGAAUUCAAGAACAAACCAAAACGUGAGAACAAAGGAGAUCACAGAGAACGUUUGGAAACAAAGAACCAAAGUUCACAGUCAAGUCUGAAAGCAGCAGAUCAAAGUGUGUCAAAGAAGGGCAUUCAUGCAACAGAACGUGUUACAACCAUUAAAACCAACGGGAGUUUAAAAACAUCAUCAGAUAAAUAUCUUCAGCAUUUGAAGUCAGCGGCUAAAUCAAGUGACACCAGGACGGCUUCACCUCAGCGUCCACGUGAAGUGGCUGAAAGUCGGCUAUCUGAGGAGGAAACAAGCUCCUGUCAGAAACCGGAGUCUGUAUCCCGACCAGACGAGCCACGUGUGGUUACACAGGCCCAUGCAGAGACGAACAGAAACGAUGCACCUGUCAGAUCUGAGCCCCCACCUGACCAGCGUACGAUCAGCUCACAACCACCAGAAAACCCAGAUGACAUCCAGACCUCCUCUUUGUCCAGGAAUCUUCAAGCAAAAACUGAUAAAACAGCACAGGACGUGUUGGAUAAAUCAAGGCAGUCAAGUGAAAGCUCAGUCAAAAAGUUUCCUUUUGACACCCGUGGACCUGCUGAGAACAUUCCAGAGUGUAAUGUUUCACCUGCCACCAAGCGAAGCCAAGUUGAUGCAGCUGUAAAAGCCGUUGAAAAGGCAGAAACACAAGAUGUCGAGAAGGUAGAGGGUAACGAGGUGGAGGAGUUGGCCCUGAGUGGGAAGAUAUUUGAGGCUGCAGCUCCUGAACAAAUCAAAACACAGAAGACGAAUGAUACAGGAGACAACGUGGCAACUGGGAAUCCUGCUAAUUUAGAAACAAACGAGCACAAACGCGCAUCAACGCUGGUGGAGAAAACUGUCUCAGAAUUAAAAAAGCUGAAGUCACAUGUGUCACAGACAGCUUUUCAAGACCAAACAAAAACCUCGGCAAACAUCGUCUCUCUUCAACCCAUCGUAGACUCAACAAAACACCCAAAAGCAGAAUCAGAGGUUAUAUCUAUCGCUGAGCUUCUGAGGUCUCAAAUAAAAGCUCUUGAGUCAGACACCAGCCCAGCAGAUCACACUAACUUAGCUCAAGGUCCGACAACAACAGAUAAAGGCGUCUUACAGGAAGCAAAGGGUGAUGACAUAAAAUGCAACGGAGAAGCAAUUAUUGUCAAGCAUGAUGAUAAAGCUGUAAAAAGCACCAACAGUACACCUCCCACAAACCUAAAGGCAACACUUAUGAAGAUUUAUCAAGAACUAAACGAAGAGAAAGAACCAGCUGCAGCUUUAGAUGUUACGUCAACCAAAGAACUUCCUGUUUGUUUCAGAGGCCCCGACGCACCCGCAACAGAACUACAUGCAAGAAGAGAUGAAGCUGUAAAUGACUGCUCUUCGGUCUCUGAUUCUACGAGUAAAAACUUCAAAGACACUCCUCCUUCUCUACCUUCUAAGGAUGAAUUGACUGAAAAGCCUCAACCUGAAACCGUUACUCAGACAUCUGGGUCUUCAGUCAAAGAAACACAGAUCAGGACCAGUAUUCUUGAGACAAACACUAAAAAUAUGAAGCACACCAAAGAUGAAACUGUCCAAGACCCUGACAUAGACUUAAUACAAACACAAAGCCCCCCCAAAAGUCCCAACAGCAAAGUGGAAGGACAACUUACAGAAGUUAGUAUAAGACUUUCUGAUCAGUUCAAAUUGAAACAAUCAGAACUGAAACCCAAAGGUGCUGAACGUAAAUCCAUCCCUGCCAAGAAAGAAACAGAUACUCAGCUCGUCCAGCAGGAGAGCUCAGGGAUUAAAGAAUGUCUACGGUCUGAUUUCAUCAACAACCUGACUCCAGAGGCCAGUCCACUGAUGAGGAGAAAACACUGUACCUCUCCCGUCCUUUCUGCUACUCCACAAGAGCUAGCCUCUGGGGCGCGACGCAAACUCUCAACGUCCUCGGCCAAACCCGAGGAGGUCGAAGAGACCACGUCCUCCACAGAUAAUCAAACUCAGACAAAUGGGUUAGCUGUGAAAAGCACCAAGAUCUCCACUAGCACUGGAUCCCCCGGCCCAUCUCGACAGUCACCUGGUCUGCAGCCGGCUGGAGAACCAAGCUCAGCAACAGAAAGGCCGUCGUUGCUGUUCAGCAGGAGGAAGACGAUGACUGAAGCUCCAACACUGAACCAGAUCCACACUGAGGGGAAACCUGCAGAGAACAAACAUAACCCAUUCAAAGCUCCUCAAGUUAUCCGUAAAAUCAGGGCGGAGACGUUUUCAGACGCUUCAGGACACCUGAAGUUAUGGUGCCAGUUCUUCAACGUCCUCAAUGACUCCAAAAUCAAAUGGUACAAAAAUGAAGAGGAGAUUGUUCAAGUUAAUAGAAAUGCAGGGGAUGAAACUCCAGUCAACCUCACCAUUGUUCAGGCAUCAAGCAAAGACUCCGGUGUUUACAGAUGCUCUAUAACAAAUGAAUAUGGAACUGACUCCACAGACCUUUUACUAAGUGCAGAAAUCUUGGCUGGAAUAUCACUGCGUGAGGAUCUUGGUGUUGGAGAGGAAAUUGAAAUGACACCCCUCAUAUUCAGCAAAGGUCUUGCCGACUCCGGUACCUGGCGCAACAAAUUCUUUGGACGCGUAAUGGUGACGCAGUCUUACAUCGGAGACGGCUGUUCGCACAAAGUCUGGAGAGCAAAGGUCAUCUACGGUCUGGAGCCCGUGUUUGAGUCUGGUGACACGUGCAUCAUUAAAGUACGCAGCCCCAUCACCUACGGAGGCAAGGAGGAAAGCUGUUUACUUGAAAGGAACCUUGACAUCAUGAAAAAGGAGUGUAAAAUUCAGAACUUGGCUCGUGAAUACUGCAAAAUCUUCUCUGCUGAGGCAAGAGUCAUAGAAAACUUUGGGCCCUCUCUUGAGGUGAUCCCCGUCUACUUGAUGUACCGACCAGCGAACACUGUUCCCUAUGCCACAGUGGAGUCUGAUCUGGGAGGAGGGUAUAAGAAAUACUCCGUCCUGGAUCACACGGUGAAAACAGACACCAGGACUGGGUCUGAGGCAGAACAGAAGUGCUGCACCUUCCAGCACUGGAUCUUUCAGUGGACUAAUGGCAAUCUGCUGCUGACUCGCCUCGAAGGUGUUGACACUAAAAUUACCAAUGUUGAAAUUUCAGUCAGAUCAACAGGUCAUCAAGGUUUGUCUGUUGAAGGGAAUCCCAAAGUUUUUGAGGACUUUGUCUCACAGCACAAGUGCAACUACUUCUGCGGCCUGCUUGGUCUGAAGCCUCUAAAGGUCAUGGACUCUUUAACAACGCCAGCAAAGCCAAAAGGCUCCAGGAGCCCCUUACUUCAACGCAAGAAGCCAACCAGCUCCUCCAGCCCUCAGCCUGGCAGGAAAGCCCCUGUAAGCCCCCGGCAGCCCAGAAAGGCUGAUCAAGAGGGCAGCAACACUCACACUGAAGACAAAGCCGCUGAUGCUCCCAAAGGGGUUUAGAAGAAGCACCUCAGAGGUUCCCUGCAUGAAAGAGAAAGUAACUUUAAACAGACACCAUUCCUUACCUUUAUGUUCCUUGUUUGAUUAUAUUUGCUGCGUUAAACCGUGGGGCGACUGCUGCUGUGUGUAACUACACAAAAUGCCCAGUCUGGUUUUUGUUGUCAGUUAAAUCAACUUUCAGCAGACAUUUGGACUUAAAUUACGUUAAAUGUUUUCCUUAGUUUCAACUGACCGUUGUCAAUAAUAAGAUGAACAUGUAGUAAGCUGGAAAUGAUCAACCGUUUGUGUUUCAGGACUGUAUCAAACCAAAGUUAGCUUCACGUCAUUCUGUUGUUCACUAACGGUGGGUGUCUUCCAUGUUGUAACCUGACAUGUUUUAUUUACUUGCAAUUCUUUGCAUUUUCAAGCAACUUUAAAUUAAUCUGGCUCUACAAUAAAAGAAACAACUACAUUGUG